AUGGUGGAGGCGGCGCCCGCAGGGCCCGGGCCAUUGCGGAGGACCUUCCUGGUGCCGGAGAUUAAGUCACUGGACCAGUACGACUUCUCGCGGGCUAAGGCGGCGGCCAGCUUGGCGUGGGUGCUGCGGGCCGCGUUCGGGGGCGCAGAUCACGUGCCCCCGGAGCUGUGGGAACCCUUCUACACGGACCAGUAUGCGCAGGAGCAUGUGAAGCCCCCGGUGACGCGGCUGUUGCUCUCGGCUGAGCUUUAUUGCCGGGCCUGGCGCCAGGCGCUGCCUCAGCUCGAAGCGCCCCCUAGUCCCUCGGCGCUGCUGGCGCUGCUGGCACGGAAGGGCGUGGCGCCCGCUCUACCUGAGCGCCCAGUGCGAGAGGCCGACCUGCGGCACCAGCCUAUCCUCAUGAGUGCCCACCUAGCUGUCAUCGAUGCCCUCAUGGUUGCCUUCGCCUUCGAGUGGACGAAGACGCUGACCGGCUCCUUGGCCUUGAGUGGCUUGGAGCAUAAGCUACUCAUCUGGGUGGACUCGACUGUCAGGCGGCUACAGGAAAAGACAGAGCAGGAAGCAGUCCAGCGUGCAUCGCCUGCAGCCCCCACAGACGGGGUGGCCCCAGUGCAGCCGUCGUGCCCCACACGCUGGUACUGGAAGCUGGUUCCUCACGCAAUUGCCUUCUGUUUGAAGGAGUCGGGGAGCAAACCCCCCAUGAUCCGGUACCGCAAGGACCGAGCUGUGGCCCGACGAGCCCCCUGCUUCCCGACGGUGACUGGUCUCCAAGACCUGGCUAGUGGGGCCGCACUGGCUGCCACUAUCCAUUGCUAUUGUCCACAGCUGCUGCGACUUGAGGAGGUCUGCCUCAAGGACCCCAUGUCAGUGGCAGACAGCCUAUAUAACCUCCAGCUGGUGCAGGAUUUCUGCGCCUCCCGCCUCCCACGUGGCUGCCCCCUGUCCCUGGAGGACCUGCUGUAUGUCCCCCCGCCCCUCAAGGUCAAUCUGGUGGUAUUGCUGGCUGAGAUGUUCAUGUGCUUUGAGGUGCUGAAGCCCGACUUUGUGCAUGCUGUGGACCUACCCGACGGGCACGCUGCCUCUCCCCGAGGCACGGAAUCCUCCUCUCCCCAAAACCGCAGUGGCAGCAGUUCUCCUGUCUUCAGUUUCCGCCACCCACUCCUGUCACCUGGUGGCCCCCAGUCCCCACUCCGUGGAUCUACAGGCUCUCUGCAGUCCUCCCCGUCCAUGUCCCACAUGGAGGCCCUGGGCAAGGUCUGGAACCGCCAGCUCAGCCGUCCCCUCUCCCAGGCUGUGUCGUUCAGCACCCCUUUUGGCCUGGACAGCGACGUGGAUGUUGUCAUGGGAGACCCGGUCCUGCUCCGCUCUGUCAGCUCAGACAGCCUGGGGCCCCCCCGCCCUGCACAGGCCCGGUCACCAGCGCCACCCCCCCCAGAGCCUGGAGACCUGCCGACCAUCGAGGAAGCCUUGCAGAUCAUACACAGUGCUGAGCCCCGGCUCCUCCCGGAUGGGGCCGCCGAUGGCAGUUUCUACCUCCACUCCCCAGAGGGGCCCUCAAAACCCCCGCUGACCUCCCCCUAUCCACCUGAGGGGGCCACCAAAACCCCCACCUAUCUGUCUCACCCUGAGAGUCCCUUGAAAUCAUCUUCCUGCCCGGUUAGGGAGGCAUUGAAACCCCCAGCCCUCCAUGAGGGGUCUCCUAAGGCAGUGGCUUCGUCCCCAGCGGCCACCAACUCUGAAGUGAAGAUGACCAGCUUUGCUGAACGCAAGAAGCAGUUGGUGAAGGUGGAGGCGGAUGCUGGUGGGGGCGCCCCAGCGGCCUCCCCGGCAGCCCCCGAGGCCCUGAGCUCAGAGAUGAGCGAGCUUGGUGCCCGACUGGAGGAGAAGCGCCGGGCCAUUGAAGCACAGAAGCGGCGCAUCGAGGCCAUCUUUGCCAAGCACCGCCAGCGCCUUGGCAAGAGCGCCUUUCUGCAGGUGCAGCCGAGGGAGGCGGCUGGCACCACAGUGGACGAGGAUGCUGGAGGGGAGGUGGAGGCUGGCCAGGGCCCUGGUGGGGAGCGACCAGCUGGCGAGGGCCAGGGCGACCCAUCCCCACGCCCCAAGGCAGUGACUUUCUCACCAGAGUUGGGGCCGUUGCCCCCUGAGGGCUUGGGGGACUACAAUCGGGCGGUCAACAAACUCAGUGCUGCGUUGAGCUCGCUGCAGCGAGACAUGCAGAGACUCACGGACCAGCAGCAGCGCCUCUUGGCCCCCCAUGAGGCCCCUGGGCCCUCCUCGCCUCCUGCUGCCUGGGUUAUUCCUGGCCCCACCACAGGCCCCAAAGCCUCAUCCCCCAGCCCCGCUCGCCGGGCCUCAGCCCCCCGUCGCAGCCCUGGACCCGGCCCUAGUCCAGCCCCUCGAAGCCCAAAACAUGCACGACCGGCAGAGCUGAAGCUGGCACCCCUAACGAGGGUGCUCACGGCCCCCAACGAUGUAGACAGCCUCCCUCACCUGCGAAAGUUCUCACCGAGCCAGGUUCCUGUGCAGACUCGCUCCUCCAUCCUCCUGUCUGAGGGGACGCCCCCUGAGGAGCCCGCGGCCCGACCCGGCCUCAUUGAGAUCCCACUGGGCAGCCUGCAGGAGCCUCCCGCUGAGGAUGAGGGAGAUGGGAGCCCUCCUGGUGCUGAGGAUUCCCUGGAGGAAGAGGCAUCUUCGGAAGGAGAGCCCAGGGCUGGGCUCGGGUUUUUCUAUAAGGAUGAAGACAAGCCCGAGGACGAGAUGGCGCAGAAGCGGGCCAGCCUCCUGGAGAGGCAGCAGAAGCGGGCGGAGGAAGCACGGCGGCGGAAGCAGUGGCAGGAGGCGGAGAAGGAGCAGCGGAAGGAGACCGCUGCCCGCCUGGCCCAGGAGGAGGCGACAGCAGCCCUGGCAGCUCCCAUAGUCCCCGUGGCCCGGGCCCCAGGCGAGGAGGAGGUGGGCGCCCGAAGGGGUGAAUUUACUAGGCUGGAAUAUGAGCGCCGAGCCCAGCUGAAGCUGAUGGACGACCUGGACAAGGUGCUGCGGCCCUGGGCAGGGGCCGGGAGGCCGAACCGGGGUGGACGGAGGGCCCCCCGGCCUCGCUCUGGCUGCUGCGAUGAUUCAGCCCUGGCCCGAAGCCCUGCCCGUGGCCUGUUGGGCUCUCGGCUCAGCAAGGUCUACUCCCAGUCCACCCUGUCACUGGCCACGGUGGCCAACGAUGCCCCCAAUAACCUCGGCGUGAAGAGGCCCAUGUCUCGGGCUCCAUCCCCGUCUGGCCUCAUGUCCCCGAGCCGCCUGCCUGGUAGCCGGGAACGUGACUGGGAGAACGGUAGCAACGCCUCAUCCCCGGCCUCGGUGCCGGAGUACACAGGCCCUCGACUCUACAAGGAGCCCAGUGCCAAGUCCAACAAGUCCAUCAUCCAUAACGCCCUUUCACACUGUUGUCUGGCGGGCAAGGUGAACGAACCUCAGAAGAGCCGUAUUCUUGAGGAAAUCGAGAAGAGCAAGGCCAACCACUUCCUGAUCCUCUUCCGCGACUCUAGCUGCCAGUUCCGAGCACUCUACACGCUGUCCGGGGAGACGGAAGAGCUGUCUCGGCUCACAGGCUACGGCCCCAGGACCAUCACGCCCGCCAUGGUUGAGGGCAUCUACAAGUACAACUCGGACCGCAAACGCUUUACUCAGAUCCCCGCCAAGACUAUGUCUAUGAGCGUCGACGCCUUCACCAUCCAGGGGCACCUCUGGCAGAGCAAGAAGCCCACAACUCCUAAGAAAGGUGGCAGCACCCCCAAAUAG